AUGCCAAAUAGUGGGGAAAUUCUCUCAAUUGUUCUGGUAACUGGUGAAUUUUUCUUGAGCAUUCUGGUGAAUGGAUUUAUAGCAAUGGUGAACUGCACUGACUGGGUCAGGAACAAGAAACUGUUAACAAAUGAUAUCAUCCUGGUCAGCCUGGCUAUCUCCAGAAUUGGACUUGUGUGUAUAAUAAUAUGGAAGAGCUAUUUGGUUAUAAAUGAUCUUUAUGCAUUCAUCUUGGAUGGAAUAAAAAUAAUUGAUAUCUUCCUGACAAUGGCUCACAGUUCAAGUAUUUGGUUUGACUCUGUCCUCAGCAUUUUCUACUUCUUAAAGAUUGCUAACUUCUCCAAUCCCUUCUUCCUCUGGAUGAAAUGGAGAAUUGACAGGAUGAUCUACAUGCUUCUUGCAGGGCCCUUGAUAAUUUAUUUGUUCAUUUGCUUUUUAGCGAGUAAGAAAAUGUAUUUCUAUAGUGAAAACCUUUUUAGAGAAAAAAAGGAAAAUGUUUCCCAGGAGUUCCAAAUGAGUGCACCUUUGUUCAUCAUGUUCCAGAUUCUCUUCAGCUUUCUGAAUCUUAUCCCUUUUACUCUGACAGUAGUCUCAUUCUCUCUACUUAUUCUAUCCCUAUGGAGACAUACCUGCCAGAUGCAACUCAAUGCCACAGGUUCCAGAGACCCUAAGAUAGAAGCCCAUGUUAGAGCCAUAAAAGCUGUGUCUUCCUUCAUCAUACUCUUUUUAUUGUACUAUAUAGGUUUCUGUUUCAACUACUGGAGCUACAUAGUGGCAAAGAGUAAGGUAUUUUUUGUGCUGGGUAUGGCAAUCGUAUUGCUCUAUCCCCUUGGCCACUCACUGAUCCUGAUUCUGUGGAACAGCAAGCUGAAGAAGGUUGCCCUGAGGAUGUGGUGGAAGAUGAGGUGCUACCAGAGAGGAAGUAAUCUGAAAGUCUUUUUGGUGCCUGUGAGGAUAAUCUGGCAUUUUCUAAGAGGAAAGAAGUCAGCAUGGAGUCCUUAA